ACCUUCGGACCCGGACCAGUUCCACCCGGACCUCUUUAAGGUGUCGGUUUCCUCCCCAGGCCCCACCCGGACUGAAGCCUGAGUACGUCGCAGUUUUCCAGAAAGAAGCCAAAGGUGGAUGUUAAGUGAAACCUAAAAGUUGUAUCUGGAGAAAGACAAAGAUUACCUGAAUCCAGCAAAGAUGAAUGGAAGACCCGCCUGUGACCAGUGUGGAAAGACUUUCACCACAAAGAAUGGGCUUGUGCAACAUCUGAGAGUCCACACCGGAGAAAAACCUUAUGUCUGUGACCAUUGUCAAAAGGCUUUCACCACAGCAGGUCAAUUAAAAAUUCACCAACGGUACCACACCGGAGAAAGGCCUUAUGUCUGUGACCAUUGUCAAAAGGCUUUCACCACAGCAGGUCAAUUAAAAAUUCACCAACGGUACCACACUGGAGAAAGACCAUAUCGGUGUGACCAAUGUGGGAAGACUUUCAUCAGCAGGACGGGGUUUAAAGGUCACCUGCUCAGCCACACAGGAGAAAAACCAUAUGGCUGUGAUGAGUGUGGGAAGACUUUUACCGGAAAAAGUGGCCUUAAGAAGCACUUACGCGUCCACAGGGGAGAAAGACCAUAUGGGUGUGACCAAUGUGGGAAGACUUUCACUGCAGCAAGUUCACUUAAGAUACACCAACGCAUCCACACAGGAGAAAAACCAUAUGGUUGUGACCAUUGUCAAAAGGCUUUCUACACAGCAAAUGACUUAAAAGUUCACCAACGGUACCACACUGGAGAAAGACCAUAUCGGUGUGAUCAGUGUGGGAAGACUUUCAUCAGCAGGAAGGGGUUUAAAGAUCACCUGUUCAUUCAUACAGGAAAAAAACCAUAUGUCUGUCAGUAUUGUCAAAAAACUUUCUGCACAGCAGCUACAGUAAGAAAACACCAAUGGUGGUGCCACACAGGGAAAAAAUCAUAUGGCUGUGACCAAUGUCAAAAGGCUUUCCUCACACCAGAUCAGUUAAUAAUUCAUCAACGGCACCAUACUGGAGAAAGACCAUAUAGGUGUGACCAGUGUGGGAGGACUUUCAUCCAACAGAAGGGACUUAGAGAACACAGAUGCAUUAAAAACUUUAAAAGACCAUACCCCUGUGACCAGUGUCGUAAGGCUUUCAAAAGCGUGUCUACGUUACAAUCUCACCGCCGUAAGUACCAUAAGGAGGUGAUGUAUGAAUGUGAUUUGUGCAAAAAGUUACUCGCGUCGUCCAAGUCUUACAAGAUUCAUUUACGGCUCCAUACUGGAGAGAAACCCUACCAGUGCAGAUUCUGUGACGAAUCUUUUGUGGCAGCUUCCUAUCGUUCCACACAUGAACGUGUCCAACAUAUCCACGAAAGACAAAAACUGAACAGUUUCAUCAAAAGUGAGACUCUAGAAACUAGUGGAAUAAAUCCGGAUCAUAACACAUCAAACCCGUUUGAGUGUUACCAAUGUGACAAAAGGUUCUCGUCAUCGUCUGAUCUUGCCUGUCACCAGCACAGAUGUGAAUCAACAUCUGAAUUAGCAAGUACCUCAGCAUCAGUUGACGAGAAGACAUGCAGUGUGUUUGAACCACCGGCACCGACUUCUGACAAGAACAUCAGACUUAAAAACCUCCAGAUCAGGCUUCACAGAAUCCAGAUGUGAAGACAAACACUAGACUGAAAGCUGUUUCAUUGUCCUCAUAUUAAGUAUCAAUCAGAAGUGUGCUCUAAUGCUCCACCUUCACAAAACACUGACUUUACAGAACCACAACCUGACACAAGGUGAACGGUUAAACUAGUGUAGGCCAAUAAGGCUGUGGUUUCCAUGGGGAUUCUACUUCUGAUUGACUUUGUGGACAUUUAGACUG